ACCACAGGUAGGGCGCAUGCGUAAGCGCAAGAGGCUCUCGACGCCGAAGAGGGUUAGUGUCGCCGAAGGAAGGAGUCGAGCGAACCGACGGAAGGCGGGUGGGGGGAGGAGCCGUCUCUGCCGCCACUCCGGGCCUGAGGAAAGGAGUUGCGCGAAGGGGGGCACCGGGCGUCAAAAAGCCUUGGAAUGAGGCGGCGACGACGGAGGUGGCCGCUGUGAGGGUGGAAGGAAGGCGGGCGGACGGACGGACGGACGGCGCGAAAGGAGAGACGGGGAUUGUCCGAGGGACGGGGUCGCCACCCCCCUCCACCACCCCGGUCGCCGAGAUGGAUGAACAGGAGGCUUUAAAUUCUAUCAUGAAGGACUUGGUUGCACUCCAGAUGAGUCGACGUCCCAGAUUGUCUGGGUUUGAUAGCAUGAAACACAAAGACUCUUCACAUUCCAACAAACAGGUAAAAAAAUACAGUACGAGCAACCAAUCUUCUCCAAGCAACUCUACAAUAACAAACCAACGUGCUCGUGCAACAGAGGACAAAAAGGCUCAAAAUGACAUCAGGAUAAAAUUUGAACAUAAUGGCGAAAGACGAAUUAUUCCUUUUAGUCGGCCUGUCCACUAUGAAGAUGUACAACAGAAAGUGAAAACAGCAUUUGGUCAGGUCCUGGAUCUCCAUUACAUGAAUAAUGAGUUAUCUAUCCCUUUGAAAAGUCAAGAUGACCUUGAUAAAGCAAUAGAUCUUUUGGACCGAAGCUCUAAUGUGAAAAGUCUUCGAAUAUUACUGUUAAAUCAAGAUAGAAACCAUCACACCAGUUCAUCAUCCCAUUCUGGAAUGCAAAAGCAAGUCAGAAUCAAAACUUCCCAGUCUAUGGGAGAUGUGAAUGCUGCCUACCAGCCCCCUGAAAGCAGAAGCCGUCACCUGUCCAUCAAUUCUCAGAAUACAGGCCGAAGUUCACCACCUCCAGGUUACGUCCCAGAGAGGCAGCAGAGAAUUGCUCGUCAGGGAUCGUACACCAGCAUCAACAGUGAAGGGGAAUUCAUCCCAGAGACCAGUGACCAGUGUAUGCUAGAUCCUUUAAGCAGUGCUGAAAACUCAGUAUCUGGUAGCUGUCAGUCCUUGAGCCAGUCUGGAGACAGCCUCUCUUUCCGAAAAUCCUGCAUGUCCCGUGCUCAGAGUUUCCCAGACAAUAGGCAGGACUUCUCAGAUCGUGAAAAUCAAAUAAAUCAUAUCUAUGACAAAGCAGAGAAAGGCGGCACUUACCCUCGGCGUUACCAUGUCUCCAUGCAGCACAAAGAUUAUAAUGAUGGCCGGAGGACUUUUCCACGCAUUCGCCGACACCAGGGGAACCUCUUCACACUUGUGCCAUCAAGCCGCUCCUUGAGCACGAAUGGGGAGAACCUGGGCUUGACAGUUCAGUAUGUGGAUUCCCGUGGCCGCCUUCGGAGUGCUGACAGUGAGAAUACCCUCACGGUGCAGGAGAGAAAUAUCCCAACCAAAUCUCCAAGUGCUCCGGUCAACUGGCGACGAGGGAAACUCCUUGGACAGGGUGCCUUUGGCUGUGUAUACUUGUGCUACGAUGUUGAUACAGGCAGAGAACUUGCAGCUAAGCAAGUCCAGUUUGACCCAGACAGUCCUGAAACAAGCAAGGAAGUGAGUGCUUUGGAAUGUGAAAUUCAGCUAUUGAAGAAUCUUCAGCAUGAGCGCAUUGUCCAGUAUUAUGGAUGCUUGAGGGAUCGAGCAGAGAAGACCCUAAGCAUUUUCAUGGAGUACAUGCCAGGGGGCUCUGUCAAAGACCAGCUUAAAGCUUAUGGUGCACUGACAGAAAAUGUCACCCGGAAGUACACACGACAGAUUUUGGAGGGAGUUUGUUAUCUUCACAGCAACAUGAUUGUACAUAGGGAUAUAAAGGGAGCCAAUAUUCUUCGGGAUUCUGCAGGCAAUGUGAAGCUUGGGGACUUUGGAGCCAGCAAGCGGCUACAGACAAUCUGCAUGUCUGGGACUGGCAUCCGUUCUGUCACUGGCACGCCCUACUGGAUGAGUCCAGAAGUGAUCAGUGGGGAGGGCUAUGGAAGAAAGGCUGAUAUCUGGAGCCUUGCUUGUACUGUCGUUGAGAUGCUAACGGAGAAACCGCCCUGGGCAGAGUAUGAAGCCAUGGCUGCCAUUUUCAAGAUUGCUACACAGCCAACUAACCCCCAGCUGCCUUCCCACAUAUCAGAAACUUGCCGGGACUUUCUGAAGCGGAUCUUUGUGGAAGCCAGGCAGAGACCUUCAGCUGAUGAGCUGCUUCAGCAUCACUUUGCACAGCUCCCAUACUGAACUACCAACACCUACCCCACCCCCUCAAACAGCACUUUUACCUGAAGAUUAACAUCCUGCCUUUUGCAGAGGCCAUGCUGUAGCCCUGGUCAGAGCAUCAGUAUUCCAGCCCAACAUGACCUGUUUGUCUUGAAAGGCCAGGUGUGAAGACUCAGGCAGGGAUGUCAGUUGCUUUUAUGUACAUAUCUUGGCUUUGGGGCUGAUGCUUUCAGCAGCUGUGCAAUCAACACCUCCAUAUCUGUCCUUGUCCAUAUGCUGAUUUGAUAUCAUGAUGUGCCUCCAUAAGAACAUGUGCUGGGACCAAUCUAGGAGCCAUUUCAUUUGAAUGUGUGUAUCCCAGAGCCUGGUCCAAAAUGGAAGGAGAGAAUAUGAAAUUUGUGACUUAACUGCUACAAGCUAUAAGAGUGUGUGUUGGGCUCAUGAUAUCAUUCUGUUCCAGUUUCCCCAGAACCUUAGCAAGUCAAGUGCCACAGAGAACAUGCACUCUGUUACUAUAUAUAAUAGUGAUUAUAUAUUUUUCUUGAAGUAUUCAGCAUCUGAAAGUGUUAAAAAAUACUGAUUUAGAAAAAUGUAUGAAUAGUAUUGUUUAUGACAAACCAAGGAGCUGCAGGCAGGGUGCUUGUUCUUUCCUUCUCUUUCUCCUUACCUUGAUCCCUCUUAUCCAAAUUUCUGAAUGAUGAAAUGGGGGUUCCCAUGGAACACAAGCACAAUGGAGCUCAGAGGACAAAGGCUCCUGGAAUUUAAAUGAGGGAAUCAAGCAUUGUUUUGACAGGGCUAUCUGAAGAAGCAAUUCAGUACUGUGCAUUCUCUGUCUAUGCAAUAACUGUGUGCUAACACAGAAUUUAGUAUCUGGCAGAAAAAUCAUCUUAGAACUCAGUAUUUUUAAACUUUAAAAAAAUCAGAAGAAAAACAAGCUAUAGCUAUAGAUAAAUGCUGAAAAUAAAGCAUUGUUAUUUCCUAGAAGCCACAGGGUGCUGAGCAGAAAAAGCUCUGCAGUUAGGGUAAAUGUUUUCCCCAGAUAACAAUAGCUGAACAGAUUAUCAGACCAAGAGUCUAUAUGGAAUUUUACUUUACUGUAGUUGCAUAACUUAUUCAGAUCACAGAAUGUGCUGUUUUUAUGGCUUGUUUUAGCACAUGCACUCAGGAUCGAGAAGAUGAUUGUAAAAAAUGUCUGAUGUGCAUGUGUUGCCCCAUAGAUAACUGUUUGAAGCUGAUGAAAAGGCUUUCUUUUGUGUCACACUUGUAGCUGUCCUACAAAUAUGCCCUGAUUUUCACCAUGAGAGAAAUUGGAAUCUUCUUUACCUCUCUAUUAGACAGUUUUUCCCACCCUUCACAAAAUAGUGAUUGAUGCCAUACUUAAAUGUUGCCAGUCUUUCUAAGCAAAGAUGCUGUUGAAAUCUUAUUCAGGGAAAGCCAAAACUCUGCUGCUAAGCCUACACAGAGGACUUCCUGCAUUCCAUACCAAGGAAGGCCAAAUUCUCUAGGCAUCCAAAUAGGAGAAGAAAGGAUGUUUUGCCCAUCUGCAGUUACUAAUUUUGAGCUGUCCAUGUGCUCUUCAAUAAAUAUUAAAUGGAGCUUUAUGAUGUGAGCAAUACAGGAGAUUUGGAUAAAAGUUCUCCUGUAGUGGUCUAGUAUUACUGUUUUGUGGCACAGAAGAAAAAAGCUGCUAAUUUUAAAUGCAGAAUUAUUUGCUUACUAGAAAUUUUGUGGGGAAAAUAAAGGAGUACACCUAAGAAAUUUAAUUGUGGGCAAUACCACAGUUCCCAGUUCCUAGUCUUUGAAAUGUUCCACUGCCAUGAUAAUCUACUAGUCUUAUCUCAUAAAGCAUUGAAUGUAGAACUAGGUGUGAUAAAUGAGGGUCCUGGAAGGUCCUGUGUUGCCACCUUUAGGGAGCUCACGUAUACAUCAAUAAUGCUUAAUGUUUCAAGAUCUCACUAAAUAGACAGAUGAAGGGUGUAACCAGUGUUAUGGUGCAAGUAACAUUGUGUCACUCAUUAUGUUUCUAGUAAAUGUUCUGAAAACAGGUGAAUGUUAUCCACCUCUGUUCCAGCAAAGGACCUUUAUGACUGAUGCUUUGAGAACAAUUCAGGCUGUUGAUCUUUGCUUCUGUGCAGAGUUGAAGUUUACUGUCAUGUGUCAGCUUUUCAUAAGGGUGCAAGUAGUUGCUUAAUAGCAAGUUCACAACCUAUUUUCCUGACAUUGAUAAACAGCAGAGCCAAGCAACGAUUCCAAUAGACCAGCAGUAAUGUCUUUAAAAUGGAGCAAGUCAGCACAUGGAUUAAGUGCAGAAAUCAUAGGAAUUCUCUCAGUCUGCAGCCUUGUGGCAGUACCAAGGUGCAAAGCAAUUGUAAUCAUCCACUUAAUGUUUCUGGAAUUUUGCUUUAUGGAUCAAAGUUUUUCUGUGGUGGGAACAUAGGGGCAGAAGCAGUAUGAUUGGUCCUCAUUUCAACUCAGCUGAGAUCCAAAGAAGCAGCCUUGAUUUCUCUUGCCUCACAUGCCAAAAUCUUUGUAAGCCUUAAAUGGUUUGAAGGCUUUCCAUCCUAGAGCAUGUCUACCUUCUUGUUGUAGAUCCUAUGGUCAGGUAGAUGCUCCUAAUAUCAGAAUUCCUUCCUUCACAUGUCUCCAAUAAUGUGAUAUGUUGGCUUCUCCAUUUGUAUGAAACAGUUCAGUACCUAGACCCAGGGCCGCUGAUUCAGCAUAAGAAAUAAGCCAAAGUAUUAUUUGUAUGGUCAGCGAUGCACUUUUACAAAUGUAUUUAUAUCACCCUCUUCGUUAAGCUUUUUACAUCAUGUAAGCAAAUUGUGAUGCCUCAUACUUUUUAUUUAUAUCAUAAUUGUUGAUUUUUAUAGAUAUGUAUAGCAGUGUUAAGGGAUGGGGUGGGAGGAAAUUGAUACCUUUGUGAAUUUUUUAAAAGGGAAGAAAAGCAGCUGGUUUUGCAAAGAAUUUAUAGUUUUAUAACAGGAUGUCAAGCCACAAUGCCUCUUUGUUUUCUCACUAUUCCAUUUGGGGGUGGGACUUAAAUUUGCCUUAUUUUAAUAGACUAAGAUAGUAGAAUGCUUGGGAUAAUACAUCUAGGUAUGUGUGACCUGCUUAGAAGACUUACUAUUGUGGAUGCUUCAUACAUAGUUAAAACCCAGUGUAGUCUUGAAGUCCUUGGCUCCAUUUCUGGAUAAACUGACAUACCAGUUUGCACAGCCUUUGUUGCAUGGCUUCUGAAUUUCAGCCUAGAUUUUUCUGAAAUGAUUUGUCAUGCUCCUAAGGUCCAGAACAAAAAAAAGCCAUUAGUAAAACAAAAAAUAUGAGCAGUUGCACAGUGGUUCCCUUCCUCUUGUGGGCUUCCAUUUCACGUGCCCUUUUCACAACUAAUGCACAACUAGGUGCACAAAGAACCUUCCAGAAGGUGGGAGGAGAAUAAGUAUUAUUACCCUUAUGCGGUUGUAUAAAUAGAUAGGACUCUGGCCUCUGAAUUGUAGAAGGUAAGAGACUUGAGAAAGAUCCUGUUAUGGGAGUGGGGGAAAUCUAUUUGCUUUGCAUCUGCUCAUCUCCACUUCCCUCCUGAAGUGUAGAGAUUACAUGCAGAGAGAAUCGGGUAGGGAAACACUUGUAGUUUUAUAGAUGUCAACUCAAAAAUUGAUCUUCUAGAUAGAUGUAUACGAUUCCUUCUAGAUAGACAUGUAUACGAUUAGCUUUAGGAAGAUUUGACAAGUUUCUCUUGUGAUUUUUUAUUCCCAUCCAACUGCUUCCGGUCAGAAGUAACAUCUUUCCCCUUUAGAAAGCCUCUUAAUCUGUUCAAAUGCUCUCACAGAUACUUCAUACUCUCCUGAGAAUCACAUCUUUCAGUUUGGCAUUCCUUAAAAGUUUUAGUUGUUAAGAGUGUAGGUGAGAGAAAACAGAUUGCCAAAAGAUAAUUUGCAAAUGUUACCAGAUGGAAUUGUAACCUUAUGUGAGGAAACAAAGAUGAUGGUGUUUGGGCUUGGCAUGACGAUUCUGUACACUCCAGGUUCACCCACCAGCCUUCUGCUAAAUUGCAGUAUUCAAUCCUGGUUGCUGCAGGAAGGAAUGACUUGGCACAGUCUUAGAGAAGUGUUUGCCUUGAAGAAAGCUACCACUACUAAAGACAUUUCAUCUUGUCUGUUACUAUCCCCCUAGCUGAUCUACUAGAUGCUUGUGUGUUGUGGGGAUUUGUCUUUACAGUUGAUUUCUAGACAAAGCUUCAAAGAAGAAGAUACUUCAGAAAAAUAUAGCCAAAUGGAGGUGUAUUUGAUAGGCUAUUUCUGUUUAUUGACUAGUCUGAGAUUCUCCUGUGGUUCCACUCAAGUCUUAAAAUUAGAAGACAUUGCUCAGAUCACAGAAGCAUGUACUUCUAAGAUGUUCUUAAAGAUUAGAGCUCCCAUUGUGCUAGCACCAUUCUGGAAUUAUUGCAUGGUAGUCUCUAAAAUGGAAUGGUGGUCCUCCAAAUGAUGUCGGAUUGCAACUCAUACCUACCAGCUGUAACUGAUGAUUAUCGGAAUUGAUAUCCAGCAACAUUUAGGUAGCCAAAUAGUCUUAAUUCCUUAUCUAUAAAGUUGUGGAGAUUGGUCAAUUAAACCAGCAAGCCCUGUAAUCCUACAGAGCUAAAUGGCCUUUACUCAAAUGUCUUGGUUACUGAGAUUUACAGUGCAGUCCUACACAUGUUGAUUCAGAAGUAAGCACCACUGGCUUCAAUUGGAACUUUAUUAUUCCUAAGUAAAGAGAGAGAAAACACUAUACCAAUCAUUUAUGUCUCACUGUCAGUGGUAGCAUGAAGUGCCAUCGCAAUGAACCUGGAGUGUAGCAGAAGACAUUCAACCACUUGUGUCUUUCUAAUUUUUAUAAAUAUCUAUACUGACCAGGGCUUGCAGUGCAAAGCCAGGCCAAUGUAUACCUUUUUAUUUACAAUAAAGUAUCAUUUUCAGUUA